AUGGCCGCUGAGCUUCCUCCCUUGCUGAAGGCUUCCCUGGAGCAAACCAAAGUCGCCUACCGUCAGCUUGGGAAGAGUGGUCUACGCGUUUCCGUACCCAUUCUCGGCGGCAUGAGCAUUGGCUCUCCGGAAUGGGGAUCGUGGAUUCUUGACGAGGAGAGGGCUCUACCUUUACUGAAAGCUGCUUACGACCGAGGCCUUACCACCUGGGACACCGCGAACAACUAUUCCAACGGCAAGUCAGAAGAAAUCAUUGGCAAGGCAAUCAAACAUUACAAUCUUCCUCGGCAUAAACUCCUCAUUCUUACGAAAUGCUGGUCACCUGUCAGUGAACACGACAACAAGUAUGUUGUCCCCUUCGCCGACUACAUGCGCCAGGACAAGGAAUACGUCAAUCAAUUUGGCCUCUCCCGCCAAGCGAUCUUCAACGCAGUCAACGCCUCGCUGAAACGCCUGGGUACGGACUACAUCGAUCUCUUUCAAAUCCAUCGCUUCGAUCCCUUCACUCCCAUCGAAGAGACAAUAGAAGCUCUCCAUGAUCUGGUCCGAAGUGGGAAGGUGCGAUACAUCGGCGCGAGCUCGAUGCGGACGUAUCAGUUCAUCAUGAUGCAGCAUUGUGCAGAGAAGCAUGGGUGGACAAAGUUUGUCUCCAUGCAGAAUCAGUACAGUCUCCUCUACCGCGAGGAGGAGCGGGAGAUGAAUCGCUUCUGUAAUGAGACAGGCGUUGGUCUCAUUCCUUGGGGUCCUCUCGACGGCGGUAAACUUGCUCGUCCGCUCUCGCAGGUUCGAGGCACUACUCGCUCGGAGAACACCGACCCGAACGCAGUGACAGAGGCAGAUGAGGUGAUUAUCUCCAGAGUGGAGGAGUUGGCAAACAAGAAAGUCUGGACAAUGGGUCAGGUGGCUUUGGCUUGGGUCAACCAGCGUGUCGCCAGUCCAAUUGUGGGCUUCAGCUCUGUUGAGCGAAUGGACGAGAUGAUACAAGUCAAAGAUAAUACCUUGACGGCUGAUGAGGAGAGAUACUUGGAGGAGCCAUACGUGCCUAAGCCGGUUGGCGGGCAUGAUUAG